CCAGCCCAGCUUGCAGCCGGGAGAGGAAGCCUGUUUCACGAGCAACCGGCUCAUCCUCGGGCACGUCGUCCGGCAUCAGGCCCGAAUCCGCCUCCUCGCAGCCGAAACGCGCUGCUCCUGGCUCGCCUGUGGAGCAGCCCCGAGAACUCGGCCUGCGCUUCUGCAGCCCGGCCUUCCGCAGGCGAAGAGAACGUUGCCUCUCCCGCGGCCCUCUUCUCCGGGCUGGACGUCCCCAGCGCUUCCGACCGCCCUUCCCUGCCUCCUCCUGCCAGGCCUCGCAGCGCUCCCUCGCAGCGCGGGGCCCGGCAGCGCCUUGCCCGGUUCCCUCCAGCUUGAGACGGAGCCCUGGAUGUACGCGCCUCGGGCCCAGUUGUUCAGCCGGCUUUGUCUUCCCCUAAGACAAGCCCAGUCCGGGCCACGUUGUGUCCCCUCCUCUAACCGGGAUGCAAGGGAGCCUUUGCCCGAUGAGAAGCGAAGGUAUCCGGUGCCCAUCGCGUGCCCCUGGAAAGCUAGUCCGGUCACUCUGCGAUGCCCGUGCAGGCUCCUCCGAAGCGACCCAUUCCUUGCUCCAGGCUCACUUGCCAGUUGCUCCCUGAUCGUCUCUCCUUCGAAAGGCCAGAGCGAGACUCGCCUUCUCCAGGCCUCUGCGCCACACCCGUCCUCCGCGGUGUCUCCAGGAUCCCCGGAAGGGGCUCCAAGGCAGCCCCAGGAAGCUCGUUCGGGACUCUCGGGUGGGAGCCAGGGGCCCCCUGGCCGUCCCUCCUUCGCCUGGGUUGCCACUUAGGCCCCUUCGGACCCAGCUCCUCUUUGGGGAAGAGGCCAGGCAAAGGAGGGGCGGAGGAGCUCUGCCCUCUCCCCAACACCGCUUACUGUCCCGUAAUCCUUUCCUAGAACCCGGCUCACUCCUUCCUUUUUCUCCUGACAUAGAUGUAAAAAUGCUUGCUUGCUCUGAGCUUCCCUUGGAGGCCUAAGUUCCUGUUGCGCUUCGUCAUUUUCUGUUGGCAGACAUUGACUACUUGCUGGUAAACCUUACCGUUGAUUUCCAUUUUCUAUCCGUGUCCCUUUUAGCUCGUGGCUCCCUUUGUAUCCGUGGCUCCCUUUGUAUCCGCAGUAGGCUCUUCAGCUGCCCCUCCCCCUUUUCUAUUCACCCUGGAAUAGGGUGCAGUUGGACUUAUGUUUGAGACGUUCCCAAAUCUCCUGUGCUACUUAGACCUGAAUCUCUCUGAUUGUGGGAUCCCAUCAAGUACUUCUCUAAAGCUGUUGCAAUUGGUUUUAAAUUUAGCACGCGUGGACAACUGCAUUCUCAUUUCUCUUCUGUAGCAUCUUGAAGCCCAAGACGGCCAUGUCCUCCCAAAGUUCCCACCGCUGCUUUGACUUCUUCCCUAUUGGUUAGGAUCAGCACUAGGAGAGCCAGUUCUCUUGCCUCUUGUUCAGCCUUCUGGAAAAUGGAACAGUCAGCAAGGCCAGCGAGAAAUGUCGGGAACCUCGCAGUCGUUGCUGAGUUGGUGUUAUAACCGUGGUCUCCAAUGUUUACCUCUUCUUUCCUCCCCGAGGGGAGGUCUGUAAUCUGGUCCAGGAGGGCUUUCUCGUGAUCUUCUGCCUGGCUUGUUAGUCUGUAGAGCACCCUCAUAUUAAUAGCUCGGUUGUUUCCCCUUCGUUGUAUCGAGGAGGCUAAAUUUCCUCAGAUUCUUUAACUGUUCCUCAUAGCCUUUGGUUUCCACGCUACUAUCUUGGUAGCCUUCUUUGAACUUGCUUUGUUCCCGUCCUUAGCAUGCAGAAGUGACCACGGUUCUCCCAAUGGGGUCUGACCAAGGCCGAGUAGAGUGGAACGUAUACUUCCCACGACGGGGACUCCGUGCUCCUGUUCAUGCACCCCAGUGUAACUUUGGCCUUUUCCCCUCAGCAGCUGCUCUGCGCUUCUAUUCAGCUUGUGGUCAACGGUGACACCCAGAUCCUUUCACACGUGCUACUGCCAAGCCAGGUCCUGAUCAAUGACAAAUACAGUGUUUCAUAUAGUUAUAACUAUAAUAUAGUUUCAUUUUUUCCUACACAGAAGCAGAACUUGACAUUUGUCCCUGUUAAAUUCCAUCUUGUUUGCAGCAAAGCUGUGUUGGACCUCGUUAAUCAUUGUGUGACCAUCCAAUGCUCAUAAACAUGCUCCUUGUUUACGAGCAUGAUCUGUUCAAGGAGUUCGCCCAGCAUAAAUGUCAAACACAUAGUCUGUGGUCUCCCAGGUCUUCCUCCCCCCUCCCCAUUUGAAGAUGGGGAUACUUACUCUUUUCUUGCUCCCCCUCCCCACAGGAUUAAUUUAAAGCCCUCCAGCUGGGAAGAACUGGUUUGCCAUGAUUCCUUCCUUUUGGAAAUGUGGCCCAUUACCAAAGAAAACAAACUUUUCCCAUUGGCACCAUCUGGGUAGCCCACUGUUCCCUUCCAGGAUUUAUCUCGCUCUUCCUGGGCUACGUCUUUCAGUGUUUUAAUGCUUUAACCACGUGGAGUUGGGAGAGAGGGCUAAGGUGGGGUUGGACUCCUUACUGGGGUACUUCUCUUGUGGUACUUGUUCCAAGAUAGCCUUAUUGGCCUUCCUCAUCCAAAUGAAAGUUUCUGAAACUUCUGGUUGGUUCCCCCCGUGCCCCUACAGAGACUGCUAUCCCAGGCCAUGGGAGGGCAUCAUGAGAGGCGAGCCGGGACCAGACCAGAGGGCAGGAACUGACAUGGCAUCUUUUGGCUAAGAAAACAUCCCCUUUCCUCUGGUUUUGUCCCCAGACCAAGCACUCUGUCUCCCCUUUGAUAGAGGGUGCAGGUGCUGUCUUUGGUGUGCCCUGCAGGGGAGUGCCUGAAAGGUUGUUUGUCAGGUGGAUCCUGUCUCUGGUGAGUGAAGGUGUUGGCUUCUGGCUAGGGACUGCACCUCCCUGUGAGUCUUCAGGUCACCAAAAGUAGAGCUGACGUGCAGGGGGAACACCAUGAGACCUGAUGCAUCCUGUCCCCCCUCCCCACAGGACCCGCUACAUCCAAACUGAGUUGGGCUUUCAUGAGAGGCUCUUUGUGGCUGUGCUGACCUCCAAAGCUACCCUGAACACUUUGGCGGUGGCUGUGAACAAGACAGUGGGCCACCACUUCACCCACCUGCUCUACUUCACGGGAUUGCGCAAUGCCAAGGUCCCACAUGGUUUAGCCCUGGUGCACCAUGGUGACGAGCGACCCGUCUGGCUGAUGUACGAGACGAUGCGAUACAUCCACCAGCACUUUGGGGGUGACUUUGAUUGGUUCUUCAUCAUGCAAGAUGACACCUAUGCCCAAGCACAGCAAAUCAAGACUCUUGUGUCCCACCUGAGCAUUAACCAAGAUGUCUACCUAGGCCGGGCUGAAGAGUUCAUUGGAGGGGAUGAGCAGACACACUACUGCCAUGGAGGCUUUGGCUACCUUCUCUCCCGUAGCCUGCUGUUCAAGCUGUCCCCAUUCCUGGACAGCUGUCGCAAUGAAAUACUCAGUGUGCGCCCUGAUGAAUGGCUGGGACGCUGUCUCGUGGACUUCCUGGGCAUCAGCUGUGUCUCUCAGCAUCAGGGACAGUAUUAUCGCUCUUUUGAACUAGCUAAGAACGCAGACCCAGAAAAAGAAACUGGAGAAGAAUUUUGGGGAGCAAUGGUGGUGCAUCCUGUGGCUGAGGCAACUCUCAUGUAUCGUCUGCACAAGCAGUUCAGUAGGAUCGAGUUGGAUCGGACCUAUCAAGAGAUCCAGCAGCUUCAGGUUCAGAUCCAGAACCUGACAGCCCUGCUACCAAAUGGGGAGGCUGGCCCGACAUGGCCUGUGGGCAUUAAUGCCCCUUUUGUGCCCAGGUCCCGCUUUGAGGUGCUCAGCUGGGACUACUUCACGGAGCAGCACCUGUUCUCAUGCCACAGCGGGGCCCCCAAGUGUGACCUGGCAGGAGCCAGUAAGGCAGAUGUGGCUGACAUCAUCCAAGCUGCCCUGCAGCAGCUGAACCAGCGCUACCAGCCGCAGCUGCGCUUCCACAAGAGGCAGCUCCUGAACGGGUAUCGGCGCUUCGACCCCACACGGGGCAUGGAGUACACGUUGGAUCUGCUGCUGGAGGCGGUCACUCAGAAGGGUCACCGCCGUCUGCUUGCCAAGCGAGUGAGCCUCCUCCGGCCCCUGAGCAAGGCGGAGAUCAUCCCCAUGCCCUACGUGACUGAAGCAACGCGGGUCCAGCUGGUGCUGCCAGUGGCUGUGCAGGAGGCGGACUUUGUGAGCAGCUUCCUAGAUACUUUUGCUGUGAAUGUGUUGGAUACCCACGACAAUGCUGGGCUCUCCCUGCUUUUCAUCUAUGACCCCUACAGUGCCCAGCGGGUCACCCAGAUGGAUGUCUUUGCGGGGGUCAAGGCCAUGGUGGCUGAGCUGGAGAAGCGCUAUGUGGAGGUCAGGGUCCCCUGGAUCAGCAUCAGGAUGGAGGCCCCCUCCCAGGUGAAGCUGAUGGAUAUCAUCUCCAAGAAGCACCCUGUGGACACUCUCUUCUUCCUGACCAGUGUCUGGACAGAGGUUAACCUGGACGUCCUCAACCGCUGCCGUAUGAACGCCAUUAGCGGCUGGCAGGUCUUCUUCCCGGUGCAUUUCCAGGAGUUCAAUCCAGUGCUGGCCUUCCAGGGCGAGCAGUCAGCCACUUCUCCCAGCACAGACUUUUUGCGGGACGGGCACUUUGACCGGCACGUCUUUGCCGAGGCCUGCUUCUACAAUGCAGACUACAUGGCUGCCCGUGCUAAGUUGGCAGCGGACACCCUGGGCCAGGAGGAGGCUCUGGAAGACUUGGAGGUCUUGGAUCUCUUUCUGCGCCAUUCAGAGCUGCACCUUUUCCGAGCGGCAGAGCCGGGGUUGAUCCAGAAGUAUGCGCUGAGAAGCUGCAAUUCCCACCUGAGUGAGGAGCUCUACCACCGUUGUGUCCUCAGCAACCUGCAGGGCCUGGCCUCCCGCUCCCAUCUGGCCAUAGCUCUCUUUGAGCAAGAGCAAGGCAACAGCACCUAGGUGGCCCGGGGGUGGGGGCGCUGCUUAAGCGCUGCCUUGUCAGAGAUUAAAGUUUUCUUGCUGGUG